CCCUAGGGACCGUGGGGAACAAAUCCACCCGACGGGGCACAGAGGAGGAGCAGUGCUCCUGGAGGAGGAGCGGGUGCUGAAGGGUUAACAGGGAGUGUUUGCAGCCGGUCCCUUAUCACCAAGGAGAAGAGAACAGCUCUUGGGAAGGAAACAAAACACCCACUGCCCAGGAGGGCAAUUUCUGCUGCCCUACAGCCCUGGACCCCAGCAGCGCUCCAGCACCCCGCUGUCACCCUCCUAGUGGCACAGAGCAUGCGGUGAGUGGGGUGGGGAGGUGGGCUGGGGCAUCUUCUCACAUCCCCACCUGUUUCCCCUUGCUUCCUCCCAGUUUGGGGUCUUAUGGCACAAUGGGGACGCCGGGAGCUGCGGUGCGGAGCAUCCGUCCCUAUGGGUCCAGCCAGCAGUACCUGUAUGCCAUGAAGGAGGACUUGGCUGAGUGGCUGAAGGAGCUCUAUGGGCUGGAUAUUGAGGUGGACACCUUCCUGGAGGUGCUGGAGACGGGGGCUGUGCUCUGCUCCCACGCCAACCACAUCACCCGUGUGGCUGAGGACUUCGCCCACACCUGUCCCAGUGCAGCCCAGCACCUCCACCUGCCCACCGUUGGUGUCAGCUGCAAUCCAGGAGCACAGCCAGGGACCUUCCAGGCCAGGGACAACAUCUCCAACUUCAUCCAUUGGUGCAGGAAGGAGAUGGAUAUCAACGAAGUCCUGAUGUUUGAGACGGAGGACCUGGUGCUGAGGAAGAACGAGAAGAACUUUGUGCUGUGCCUGCUAGAGCUGGCACGCCGUGCUGCCCGUUUUGGCAUGUGUGCCCCCACCUUGGUGCAGAUGGAAGAGGAGAUCGAGGAGGAGCUCCGCCAGGAGAUGGACCUGCCUCCUGCAGGGGACCCCCUGCCCCGUCCCCACAGGAAGCCCCAGGACCUCCACAACCUUGACCAGAUGGUCCAGCACCUGGUGAGCCGCUGUACCUGUCCUGUCCAGUUCCCCAUGAUCAAAGUGUCAGAAGGGAAAUACCGUGUGGGUGACUCUGACACCCUCAUCUUCGUUCGGAUCCUGAGGCAGCACGUCAUGGUGCGGGUUGGAGGUGGCUGGGACACUCUGGAGCACUACUUGGACAAACACGACCCGUGCCGCUGCACCUCGCUCUCCCACAAACAGCUCUCCAGGACCAGACCCUCCCAGCAGCCGGUGCAGCACGAGGUGCAGCUCUGUGCAGCCCCUCCAGACCCCGGCCACACUCACCCCACUCUGCUGGUCAGUCGCUCACAGAGCCCACUGCCCCCCGUCACCUGGGCACCCCACAGCCACCGCCACCACCCCUGGACCCCCGCCACCACCCCCAGCCCCCGCCAGGAGCCAGCACAGCCCCGGAGGGUCCCUUCGUGCAGGACACCAACACUGAGGUCACCUGCUCGAACCAUCUCCCCUGGGCAUGGGGCUGCACAGCGGGCACCCACCCCAUCCCAGGACACUGUGGGGACUCCCAAGAAGCCACAUGGGAACCGCCCAAAGUCAGCAGCACAGAGCAGGGGCACAGCCCCCAGUGCCCACCUGGCACCACCACGUCCCAAAAGCACUCAGCAAGGAGGUGGCUCAUCUGGAGCAGCUUCCAGGCAUGUAGGGGUCCCCACCACUGUGACACCCCGAGCCCACAGCCCCAUCAAAACUGGUGCCCCCAGGCUGCAGCAGGAUGCCCACAGAGCAGUGCAGAGCAGGAAAAGCCCCAAGGAAGGGAACCAGAGAGCCCUUGGACGUAGCCAUCCGUCUUCACACCCAAAUUCCCCGAGUCAACCUCCAAAGCAGGACAGCAACAUUAAAACUCAGAAGAAAACCAGCUCAGCCAUUUGCCGGCCCCCCACCCCUCUGACCCAUUUUGCAAAUGGAUGUGAGAGCUGUGCUGCUGGGGAGAGUCCUCAGUGUCCCCCCCUGAGCCCAAUGCCCAGGGACACUGAGAGCCCCGCGGUGCCAGGGAGGGUCUGCAGCCACAACACGGAAGUUUCAGGGCUGCGGGGGUACUGGGGGCACUCUCAGCCCCCUGACUAUGGGAAGGUGCUGGAGGAGCUCACCAGCAACCGGCAGCCCCUGCGUCCUGUGGGGAUGGGCAACAGAGUGUCCUCAAAGCCCUCAACCACACAGUGUGCCAAUAUCCCAGCCGGGGGGUCCAUGGAAGGGCCAGUUGUGGGGGACCAGACCCCGCAGAGCACUGUGCCCAAAGCCCGGCGGUGCCUCAAGAAACCCGAGCGUGUGCCCUCCAUCUACAAGCUGAAGCUGCGGCCCAAGGUGCGUCCCCGGCGGGACCACCGGCCCGGGAAGGGUCCUUCACGCAUCCCCACCCCGCUGGGGCAGCGCCUGCCCCGUACCCGUGGCCAGCAUCGCCCCACAGCCCCCCCAAAGCCCCCACAGCCCAGGGAUGCCAAGCCCUCAUUGAGUGACAGCGGUGCGUGGCUCACUGAGGAUGAUGAGGAGGCGUGGGUCUGAGCCAUGCCCGUUGGUUUGGGUCAGGGAUGGACCUACCCACUGUCAGAGCUGCAAUGCCAAGGUUGUGAUGAUGAUCCCCUUAUCUGGCAUUCAACCAAGCCAACUACCCCACUCUUCAGUCUUCCCCAUCUGCAUAAUGGAACCAACGAUGCUCGUGCCUCACCCAAAGCCCCACCCAACCCCAUGAGCUGCUCAGGGCAGGGGAACACAUUUUUGGCCAUUGGCAAACCUCUGUGUUGGCAUUUCCAUGGCUGGGGCUGUUCCAGCAAGGAUGGAGCCCAUAGAGUUGGUCACUGCCCCACCAAGGCAAUGGCCAUUGAUGCUCAUACAGUAGAGUUCUCCCAGAGCCUUCUGUACCAGUGGCUCUUCUGGGUGGGUGAUGGAAGAAGACCCAGAGGGUUUGGGGGCUGUGGUGGAGCUGCAGGGUCCGGCGCUGUGAGCAAGGAGCAGCGAGGCAAGUACAGAACAAAGGGGACAGACCUGAUUUUAAUUGGGUUCCAAAUAAAGGGGCGCAGGGUGGUGUGGAUGCCUGGGGAUCUCCAGUAAGAAGUCCAUGGGGAAGAGAAUGCCAUGUCCAGGCACCACGAUGCUCACCGAAGUGGGACGAGAGGAGGAGCAUCCUCAUCAGCGCUGCACCCAGCCCCAUGUCACCACUUGGUCACCAUGUAUUGGGGCAGAAAAUGGCAUUUUCCUUCCUGCUUCCCUUGGGGACAGCUGGGGACAUCCCCAGCCCCCAGGAUGGGAGCGGGUUGUUUCUGCAGUAGGCAUAGAUCCAGGUAGGAAACCCACGGCGAUGGCUGGCGAGUGGUAACACUUCAUACUAAGGGUUUGUUUAUGGGGAGGACAGUGGAGCUCCAUUACUGCUGUGGAUGGGGAUGUCCUGGCCCCUGUUGGCUGCCAGCCCCCUGCCCAUGUUUUUGGGGAGUGGGGUAAUGCUGCCAAAGCGGUGAGAGUCAUUAUUACUGAUACAA